UAAAAAAAAAAACAGAACCAGGAGAAGCAAAGCAGACAGGAGAGAGAACGACGGAGCAGAAGGAGAAAUCUGAAGAGAGAGUGCGGAGGUCGAAAUUUAGAUGACGAUGGACAGAGAUAAGGAGAGAGAGAUAGAGCUAGAAAGCGCAAUGUACACCAACUGCUUGCUUUUAGGCCUGGAUCCGAACAUUAUCGGACUUGGAGCUUCCAACGGCACUCCUCGAGUCGGACUCUUCCGCCACUCCAAUCCUAAAUUGGGCGAGCAGCUCCUCUAUUUCAUCCUCUCAUCCCUUCGCGGCCCCGUUCAAUCCGCCAAAGAUUUCGAUAAAGUAUGGCCGAUUUUCGAUUCUGCGCAGUCGCGUGAUUUUCGUAAGGUUGUCCAAGGGAUUAUCAGUGAGCUCGAAUCUCAAGGGGCGCUUCCACGGAGCAAUUCGAGGGUUUCUUCGCUUGCUACUUGCUGUGGACCGAGGUUUGUUGAACUUUUAUGGCAACUUUCUUUGCAUGCUCUGCGGGAGGUUCAUAGACGGACAUUUGCUACUGAUGUAGCUUCCAACCCAUUGCCUGCAUCCCUAACUGAUGUAGCCUUUCAGCACGCAGCUACACUGCUUCCCGUAACGAAGGCUAGAAUAGCCCUUGAAAGAAGGAGGUUUCUUAAGAAUGCAGAAACAGCUGUGCAGAGACAGGCUAUGUGGUCCAAUUUGGCUCAUGACAUGACUGCAGAGUUUCGUGGUCUUUGUGCUGAAGAGGCUUAUUUGCAGCAAGAACUUGAAAAACUGCAUGAUUUGAGGAACAAAGUAAAGUUGGAAGGAGAAUUGUGGGAUGAUCUUGUAUCAAGUUCUAGUCAGAAUGCUCAUUUAGUUUCAAAGGCUACUCGCUUGUGGGAGUCUAUAUUAGCGCGUAAAAGUCAACAUGAAGUUCUUGCUUCGGGCCCAAUUGAGGACUUAAUAGCUCAUCGGGAGCAUAGAUAUCGUAUCUCUGGAUCAUCUUUGCUCUCGGCUAUAGACCAAAGUUCUCAAGGUCCCUUUCCAGAUACACAUUUAGGUGACAAGGAAGAAAAUGAUGGUUCAAAUAUAAAUGUAAAUAGGGAAAAGCUGAAGAACAAUUUGGAUUCAUCCCAUCUACAAGCAAAUGGUGACACACAGUCUCUGGUGGAUGAUAGAGGGGGAAGAGUCCACACCUCUGUUGAUGUAGCAGAAAUUAUUAGGCGUUGGACACAUGCAUUGCAACGUAUUCAUAAACAGUCGCUUCAUCUGGCCAAAGCUAAUGAUGGAGAAGGUCCAGAUUUAUUACGAAGUGCACAUGAGGCUGGUGCAAGUGGACAUGUUGAGUCUUUAGCUGCAACUCUUGCUGAACAUCAGCAACACCUGGCUAGUUUUCAGGUGCUUAUUAAUCAACUUAAGGAAGUUGCUCCAGCAAUACAAAAGUCAAUAGCAGAGUGUACAGAGAAAGUAAAUAAUAUAUCCUCCAGCCUUCCACCAAUGCCCCAGCAUCGUGGUCGAGCAACCUCACCUAUACAGGCUCAGAGCAGUGGAAAGACCUUGGAAAGUAGCUCAGAUGAUUUUGCUGAGGUGACUUCAAAAAUGUCUACUUUUCAUCUUGACAAGGCGUCUGCUAGUCCUCCAGCUUUAAAACUACCACAGUUAUUCAGUUUGACCCCAAAUUCUUCAGUAAAAGGUGGAAACAUGCAAAAGAGGCACACUUUAGCUCCCCAAACCAAUCAGAUAGAAACUAUGUCUGAAAGGAACUCUCUGGACCAGCCUUUAUCAAAUAGUCGCUUAGAUAAUACAUCACAAGAUAGUGAUAAUUCUUAUGUACAAAACUUAAAAAGAUCUGUAAGAGAAGCAGCUCUGUCUACCCAAUCCUUGAAUUCGGAAUCAUCGCGAGACAGUCACACCGAUGAAAGUUCUGAACACUUCUUUUUACCUCUAACAGCAACUGGGUUUUCUCGCCUGGGCCUGGAAAACAGAGCAGCUUCAAGGAUGUGUAAAAGAUGGAUUACAUCUCAAAAGGACACUGCCAUGCUUGAGAAUCAUGCUCCUGAUAGUAAAGUUGGGAGCAAUUAUAAUGAUGUACCGGACAUUUUAAAUAAUUUGGAUUGUCUUGCUGAUUAUGACCACAUAAAUGGCUUUCUUUCAGCUGCUGGCUCAAAUGGUGCAAUGUCUGAUGGACAUAGGUCUUUUUAUGAUAUUGAGGAACCUCAUGAUCAGGUCUUCUCACCACUUUUGCUAAUGGACACAUCCCUGUUAGCAGAAUCGUAUGAGGAUUUACUUGCUCCAUUGUCAGAAACCGAAACUGCCUUAAUGGAUCAUUGAAAGUGGUGUUUAGGAAGUGUUGCUCUCACAGUCCUGAGAAGAUGAUUGGUCAUUGUGAUGGUUUUGUUUUCAUUCAGUGAUUGGGAUUUUCUCCAUGCCUACUGAUUUGUUGUACGGGUGAUGGUUGUGCGUUCCUCCUUCCACUUCUGUACCUUUCUGACCUCAUUUUUGGCGCAGUUUAUAUUUUAUUGUUUCGGGGAAAAUGUGGACCAGUCCAGUGCUGUCCUUAAUACUGGACAUCACCUAGAACUCAAGCUGGCCUUUUCAUUUGGCAACUUGUAUGAGGAUCUUGUAGGCCACAAUUGAAGCCAAUCAGAUUAUUGUGCUUAUUCUUCUGGAUAAUUGUUUAGGGAGAAAUUAUUGCCUUUGAGAUUAUAAGAUGACAAUCUUGUGCAUUUCCAUUCUUAAUCUGAUGGAUAUGAGGCCUUACGUCUGCACUCUGUUGUAUGGCUGCAGGUAACUGUCAAGAUCGAUUGUUGAUUAACUGAUCCUUCUGUAUUUGAUAGAUGUGUAUAUCGGAUUUGAUUGUGUAUUUAGGUAAUUGAUCAAACACAAGGAAUGAAUCUUUGCUUUUUUAUUUACAUUUUUAUGUAAGUAUAAUUUCCAUUCUUUUUUUCCCAA